CCCUCCCCUUCUCGCUUUCCUCUCCCGCCCCCCAGCCCCGCAGUCCCCUCCGCAGCCGGCGGUGGUUCGGGCACCAUGCUCAGACUUCUCCGGCCACUGCUGCUGCUGCUCCUGCUGCCACCGCGGGGGUCCACCGAACCCCCGGGGCUGACCCCAUUAUCCCCGGGGGCACCGCCCCAGCCCCCUGACUUGCUCUACGCAGACGGACUGCGCGCCUACGCGGCCGGGGCUUGGGCGUCCGCCGUGGCCCCGGGGGCGCGGCGCGGCUCCGCGUGGGGCGAGCUGUGCGGGACGCCUUCCGCCGGCGGGAGCCCUACAACUAUCUGCAGAGGGCCUACUACCAGUUGAAGAAGCGAGAACUGGCGGCAGCAGCAGCGCACACCUUCUUCGUGGCGAACCCCAUGCAUCUGCAGAUGCGGGAGGAUAUGGCCAAGUACAGACGGAUGUCGGGGCUGCGGCCCCAGAGCUUCCGGGACCUGGAGACACCCCCGUACUGGGCUGACUAUGACACUGGCCUGGAGCUCUUGGGACGCCUGGAGGUGGGAUUGGCUUUGCCCAGGCUGGAGGAAGCCCUGCAGGGGAGCCUGGCCCAGAUGGAGAGCUGCCGGGCUGCCUGUGAGGGGCCGGAGGAGCAGGAGCAGGAGACUGAGGAGGAGGAGGAGGAGGGAGGGGCAGGGAGCCAUGGUGGCCUCUACCCAGCCAUUGCAGGACACUGGAUUCGGGUCCUGCAGUGCCGGCAGCGCUGUGUGACAGACAUAGCCACCCGUCCAGGUCGCAGCCUCCCAGUUCCCGACUUCUUCCCCAGCCAGCUGAGGCGGCUGCAUGAGGCCCAUGCUCAGGUGGGGAAUCUGUCUCAAGCUGUGGAAAAUGUCCUGAGUGUCCUGCUCUUCUACCCAGAGGAUGAGGCUGCCAAGCAGGCGCUGACCCGGUACCAGGCCCAGCUAGGCGAGAAGGGGCUUGGCCUUGGGCCAAGAGAGGACAUCCAGAGUUUCAUCCUUCGGUCCCUGGGGGAGAAGAGGCAGCUCUACUAUGCCAUGGAGCACCUGGGCACCAGCUUCAGGGACCCUGAUCCCUGGACCCCAGCAGGUCUCAUCCCUGAGGUGCUGAGAGCAAAGCUCAGAGAGGAUCAAGAGAAGAGACCUUGGGACCAGGAGCCUCCACAGCCGACGCCCUUGGCCUAUUGGAAGGAUGUCCUCCUCCUGGAGGGGGUGACCCUGACCCAGGACGCCAGGCAGCUGAACGGGUCGGAGAGAGCAGUGCUGGACGGGCUGCUUACUCCUGCCGAGUGCGGGGUGCUACUGCAGCUGGCCAAGGAUGCAGCUGGUGCUGGAGCCAGGUCUGGCUAUCGUGGUCGUCGUUCCCCUCACACCCCCCAUGAGCACUUUGAGGGGCUCACAGUGCUCAAGGCUGCACAGCUGGCCCAGGCUGGCACUGUGGGCAGUCAGGGUGCUAAGCUGCUUCUGGAAGUGAGUGAGCGGGUGCGGACCCUGACCCAGGCCUACUUCUCCCCGGAACGGCCUCUGUAUCUCUCCUUCACCCACCUGGUAUGCCGCAGUGCCAUUGAAGGAGAGCAGGAGCAGCGCAUGGACCUGAGCCACCCUGUGCACGCCGACAACUGCGUCCUGGACCCGGACUCAGGAGAGUGCUGGCGGGAGCCCCCCGCCUACACCUAUCGAGACUACAGUGGACUCCUCUACCUCAAUGAUGACUUCCAAGGCGGGGAUCUGUUCUUCACCCAGCCAAAUGCCCUCACUGUCACGGCCCAGGUUCGUCCUCGCUGCGGACGCCUUGUAGCCUUCAGUUCUGGUGUGGAGAACCCUCACGGUGUGUGGGCUGUGACGCGUGGGCGGCGCUGUGCCCUGGCGCUGUGGCACACGUGGGCCCCAGAGCACCAGGAGCAGGAAUGGGCAGAAGCCAAAGAGCUGCUGCGGGAGCCUGAGCAGGAAGAGGAGGAGGAGGAAGAGGAGGAGGAGGAUGAAACCCCCAGCAGAGACCCUGUCCCAGAGCCCCCCAGCCGCAAGCCCCAGCGGACCCACGACAGAGCUGGGAAAGCACCAUGGGUCCGAGAGGAGCUGUGAGUGGCUGAGACUGUGCCUUGGGAGUGUGACCACCUGGCUUGGGAAAGAAUUCCCGAGAAGUCUCUGCAUGAUGUCAGGAGCCGAACGUGAGCUCACCGUCCCUGCGUUCUCCCAUGUGGGAUCCACAGGGCACCAGCCUGGACUCGGGGUGCUCACCAAGCCUGGGAGUGGGCCUGGCUCCAGCUGAUGGCCCUGCAGCUCUGGGACAGACAGAGGACACUGUGCCUCCCUGAAAAGCAAUGGCCAGGGCUGGAGGCUGACUGCUUUCCGCGAGGAUAACGGUGCUGUGUCCUCCCUCCCCACCUGCUCAAUAAAGGACUUGAUGACCCCUGGGUCCCUGGCCAGA